ACUGAACUAACACAGCCAAUCCCUCAACAUGUUUCUACUCUCUGCUCAUAUUGCCUUCAUAUUAAACACAUUUUUGCUUUUUAAAGAAUUUAUUUUAAGAUAACUGUUACGGCCUCUGGCCUCAGGUGGCCCCACCUUCCUCCAUGGAAAUCAGUGUUCCAGGACUCACGGGGGAUUGGCUGGCCCCGGAUCUGUGCCCGCCUCAACUUCAUGCAGAUCAGAGUGUGCCAGACCACUCACACCAUUGGCUGCUGCAGGAGCCUUGAACACAAUGGACCAAUGACAUGGCUGCCUGCAUUUACCGGGGAAUACAAAAGGCUGGAGGUCCUUCACUCAGUGGCUGCUGCUUAGGACUGAACAUGCAGUUUGCCCUUCGUGCAUCCCUCUUCAAUCUUUGUUGAACUUGUUUCUUUGUCAAACCAUGAUGCAUGCUUGAACUUAGCCUGAUUAGAGCUUUGCGCUGCUAGCUGGCUGUGAGUAGAAAUUGUGAUGCUGGCUCGCCUUAGUUUUCUCUUAGCUUUUAGUUUGUGUGCCGCCAGCUUGCCUUAGUUAACCUUUAGCUUUUACUCUUGUCUUCUUUUUUUGUCUUUAUAUAGUAAUUGUUUGCCCAGGGGUCUGUUGAACAGCCCUGUCGGUUUUCUGUUUAAAGUUUGAAAUUAAAACCUUUCUUUACUCAGUUUUGUGUUCGGGGCUUGUGUAUGUUACUCCUCCCCUGACGCCUAGCAGAGGGGGUCAUAACAUAAGUGGGGGCUCGUCCGGGAUCCCCCAUAGGGGGUCUUUGUUCCUAGGAGGGGGAAGAAGAAAAAAAUAGAAAGGGGGAUGUUUGUUUUAGAGUAGCUUUAUCACUUUAGGCGCUAUGUCGGCUGCGUUUUGUUUACAGCACUUUAUAGAUGCCCCAUCUAUUGAGAUUAUUAGUAGCUGUCGCAAAAAUGAUUUGCUGCAAAUUGUGGAUCACUUUCAGCUGCAGGUCUCAAAAAACCUCCGUAAGUGUGAUUUGAAAGCUUUAGUGGUGGACAAGUUGGUGGAAGCUGGUGUGAUUCAAGCGCCUGUUUUGCCUGUGGUCUCUGGUGUGCCAAGCCAAGCUGCCGUAGGUGAAGAGGGCCAAAAUGGUUCUUGUGGGGAUGGUGAGGGGGAUGAGCGGGGAAAAACGCCGCGCACGCUUCCUCGCAUGAUCCACUCUCUUCUGGGAGUUCAGAAGGCAGAGAAGGAGCUCGGCUGAAGGUGCGGCUGGCACGUCUCCAAUUGGAGGCUGAGGAGAAGGCCCAGAACAGGCGGGCUCAGUUAGAGCUUGAAAUAAGAAGGCUGGAGAUGGAGGCAGACAAAGCCAUUAAGCUGCGAAAGCUUGAGCUGGAGUCUCAGUCUCAAGCCUCACCUGUCUCUGCUGACAAUUCCGGUCCCACUUCCUCGUCCGCUUCUGCUUUUAAAAUCAAUAAGUGCAUUUCUUUAGUGCCCACUUUUAGAGAAACUGAGGUUGAUACAUACUCUGCAGCAUUUGAACGUAUUGCUGGCGCGUUGCAGUGGCCUAGUGAUAUUUGGCCUCUUUUGUUACAGUGCAAACUGUCCGGCAAAGCCCAAGAGGUGGUGGCUGCGCUUUCUUUAAAGGACAGUUUAGAUUACUCGUGUGUUAAAACAGCUGUUUUGCAGGCAUAUGAGUUAGUCCCCGAAGCCUAUAGGCAGAGGUUUCGCCAGCAAAAGAAAUUGCCAACCCAAACUUAUGUGGAGUUUGCUAGAGAAAAGGGGAUUCUCUUUGAUAAGUGGUGUGUUGCUUCAAAAGCGAGCGACUAUGACGCUCUGCGCGAAUUAGUUUUGUUAGAGGAUUUUAAGAAAUGCAUUCCUGAACGUAUUGUGCUAUAUUUAAAUGAACAGAAAGUGACGUCUCUCGCAUCUGCUGCUGUUCUUGCUGAUGAGUUCGUGCUCACUCAUAAAGCCUCGUUUACUGGCAGUGAGAAGCCAUGGGCUAGCACUGUGCAACAGCCCCACACGGCUAAGGUGUCUGGGUCCAGGGAAAACCGUGAAUGUUUUUACUGUCAUAAAACUGGACAUGUGAUUGCUGACUGUUUAGCUUUAAAACGCAAAACGUCAAAUGCUCAGCAACCCAAAGGGGUGGGUUUUGUAAAAGCUGAGGCCCGUAAUGAGGUCCCUGGUUGUGGUGGUAAGGUGCCGGAACCCUGUUUCGAACCAUUCAUUUUUGAUGGCUCAGUAUCCCUAACAGACAAUCCAUCUGAGUUAAAACCUGUGCGUAUUUUAAGGGACACUGGAGGUUCUCAAACUGUUAUCCUCUCAAGUGUUUUGCCAUUUUCUGCUGAAAGUGAAUGUGGUUUUAAUUCUGUUCUACGGGGGAUAGAGAUGGGUUACGCUCCCAGACCAGUUCAGAGUUUUUAUCAAAUCAAAACUUGUUACAGGAUUUUUCCCUGUUGCUGUUUGCCCGGCUUUGCCAAUAGAGGGUGUGGCCAUGUUGUUGGGCAAUGAUAUUGCGGGAGGGUUAGUGCUCCCUCGUCUGGAGGUUUUAGAUAACCCCCUGAAUCAGAAAACCUCUGAUGUUUCCAUGCACCCUGGGCUGUAUCCAGCCUGUGCGAUUACUCGAGCACAAGCUCGUAAAGAUACUGAUGUUGACCUCUCUGAUUCGGUGUUGAUGUCUUCAUUUUCUGAGGAGAAUGAUGUACCAACUAACAGAAACGAUGUUCUGUCACCCCCCAGACUCAGUGAAACCUGAGGAGCCUGAUCCAUUUCCUAAGGUCUCUUCGCUGCCCUUGACUAGAGACCAGCUGUCAGCAGCUCAAUUAGCUGAUGAAACACUGCAGAGCUGUUUCAAACGUACGCUGUGCCAGGGCCCUGCUCCGAUUGGUGCGUGGAUACACCGCCCCGUCGUGACUGGUUCCAGCUGGAGGACCCGCCCAUUAAAAGGAGGCUGGAGUGCCACGGCGGGAGUGGUCUUCGCGUUUCUCCUGACGACCCAGCAGUGUACCUGUGGCAGCUGCUGGCUGCAGUGCUGUUUGAAAGUUGUGGAAGUGGAGUGGGUAGGGGUGAGCUGCCGAUUCUUUUGAUCACCCAUUUUCUCCUGUUUUGAAUUAGUUAAGGAGGUCAGACUCUGUCUUUAUUUUUGAUUUUGUUUUGGUAAGGUCUGGGGUGCAGGAUUUGUGUAGAUUUUUUUUUGUUUAUUAUUUUGGCCUUGGCUUACCUGGGGGCGAGUACCUCACUCAUGUUAUUGACUGGCCCUAGACGGGUCGUAACAAUAUACAAAAGGUAGAUACAGGAGAUCUGAGUUCUGCUUCCUUUAUUUCAUUUUGUUAUACAGAUUUCCCUAUUUAUCCUUUAUGCUCAUGUACACAUUCUUUUACCUUUUUCUCCACAAUUUUCUCGUAACAAAAACCACAACAUCAAAUCACACUGUUAACCCACAUGGUUACUUUGUUUUGUGUCUAUAAAUAUACAAAAUAACUGCAUUAUCUCACAGAGUCCUUAACAAAAACGUUUAGUAUCGUUAACACUCUGAUCAGUUUACUUUGAAUC